AACCCGAAGCAACUUUUUGUUCGAGGAAGACGACGAAUUAGUGGAGCAGAUGAUGGAAGCAGCUGAAGUCCGUUCCCACCUUUGGAACCGCAGUACGCCUCGCGCAUAACGAUUCCGGGCGGCGUUGUCCGAAUCGAUUCCUUCCUUUCUUCAUCUGGGUGCUUGAGUUCGUGAGCUCGAGUGGGCGAAAGCGGCGGACUUGGUUCUGAAUUCUGCGUCGGGCCCGUGAUGGGUCCGCUUUCUGAAUUCUGACGAUUCGGGUGGCAUCCAAAUUCCGGAUUCUGAGGAGGGGAGAGUUGAAGGAUUGGAGUUGGGCAAAUUCCCUUUCGCCGGUACGUGGAAGCUCGAGAGAAAUCGCUGCUGCUUCGUUACUGUUCAAUGUAGCGAUUUGAUGAAGCUAAAGUCAGUGUCUUUCCCCCAUUAUGUUUGUCGAUGAUGGAUGGAAAUUCGCUCAAUGCUGGUGUUAGAAUUAUGAUACGGAUGGGAACUGGGUACUUUUGUUUCGCAUUUUUGUCAAGCAUGUUGGGUUCUAUGUAUGGCAUUGGGCAGCUGCUUCCAAGCUCGAUCAUACCCUGUUGAAACUAAGUUGUUCAUCUCAAUUGUGUUUGGAAAAGAAUGGCUUGCUCUCUCCGAUUUAAAUUCUCCAUGGCUGUAGCUCCUGUUCGGUGAGAAAGGAAGUGAGAGACAACGAAGUGAAACUGGGAGGUUGCGGAAGACCUCCCAGUUGAUGGGAAAUGAAGCCAUCAAGUAAUAUAUGGAUUCGGCGCCAACAGUGUCCAUGUGGAGAUUGGAAGUGCUACGUCAUAUCUGAUGGAGAUGAUCAGCCAUCGGUGAGCCCCCAGCCAGCCAAGAAGGAGAAGACACUAUCAUUGCCAACAUCAGAAGCUGUCUUUACUCCUUAUGUAGGCCAAAUUUUCAAGACUGAUGAUGAAGCAUUUGAAUACUACAGUAAUUUUGCUCGGAAAAAUGGAUUUUCAAUUAGAAAAGCGCGCUCAACAGAGAGCCAAAAUUUAGGAGUUUAUAGGCGAGAUUUUGUUUGUUAUCGGUCUGGGUUUAACCAGCCAAGGAAGAAGGCGAACGUCGAGCACCCCAGGGAUAGAAAAUCAGUAAGGUGUGGAUGUGAUGCGAAAUUGUAUCUGACAAAAGAAAUUGUCAACAAUGCCACACAAUGGUAUGUUUCACAGUUCAGUAAUGUUCAUAAUCAUGAAUUAUUGGAGGAUGACCAAGUUCGUCUGCUUCCAGCUUAUCGGAAGAUACAAGAGGCCGAUCAGGAACGCAUCCUCCUUCUAUCCAAAGCUGGGUUUCCUGUGAAUCGAAUAGUGAAGCUCCUGGAAAUAGAAAAAGGGCUGCAACCUGGGCAAUUGCCCUUUAUUGAAAAGGACGUCAGAAAUUUUGUUCGAACUUGUAAGAAGACCGUCCAAGAAAAUGACGCUUUGCUUAAUGAGAAGAGGGAGAGUGAUGCUAUGGAACUUCUUGAGGCAUGCAAACGUAUGGCAGAGAAGGAUGCCGAUUUUGUGUAUGGUUAUACUACCGAUGAGAAUGAAAAAGUUGAAAAUAUGGCGUGGUCAUAUGGACAUUCUGCACGUGCUUUCGCUUCUUUUGGAGAUGUUAUUACUUUUGAUACCUCUUAUCGAUCGAUUACCUAUGGAUUGCUACUUGGUAUCUGGUUUGGUAUGGAUAAUCAUGGUAAGGCGAUUUUCUUGGGGUGCGUGUUGCUGCAGGAGGAAAGUGCCAACUCAUAUUCAUGGGCCUUACAGACAUUUGUUCGGUUUAUGAGGGGAAGACGUCCACAAACAAUUUUGACUGAUCUAGAUUCUGGGCUCAGGGAUGCCAUUGCUAGGGAGUUACCCAACACCAAGCACGUCAUAAGUAUAUGGCAUGUCCAGUCCAAAUUAUCUAGUUGGUUCUCUAUGACACUUGGAUCACAGUACGCAGAGUUCAAAGCUGAAUUGGAUACAUUAUGCCAUCUGGAGAGCAUGGAUGAAUUUGAACUUAAAUGGAAUCAUGUCAUAUCUCAGUUUGGACUUGUUGCUGAUAAGCACAUUGCUCUGCUCUUCUCUUAUCGGGCUUCAUGGCCAUUGUCAUUGAUUAGAGGAUAUUUUGUUGCUCGCGCAAUGACAGAAGAGUAUUCAAAAUCAGUGGAUACUUUCGUGAAAGAGAUACUGACUUCGCAGACUUGCUUGCAUGUGUUCUUUGAGCAGGUUGGAGUAGCUUCUAGGUCUGUAAAUCAAGGUGCUGAAAAUCUGCAGUACGUGCAUAUGAAAACAUGCUUGCCCAUCGAAGAACAUGCCGAGAGUAUUCUCACUCCUUACGCAUUUAUCGUCUUGCAGAAUGAAAUGGUUCUCUCUCUGCAAUACGCGAUGACCGAAAUGGCCAACGGAUCAUAUCUUGUGCGGCACUACAAAAAACUGGAUAGAGAGUCCCUCGUAAUUUGGACACCGGAAGAUGAGCUCAUACGUUGUUCCUGCAAGGAAUUCGAGCACUCUGGAAUACUAUGCAGGCACUCGAUUCGAGUUCUUGUGGCAAAGAACUUCUUCCAACUCCCCGAAAAGUAUUUUCCGUUUCGUUGGCGACUGGAGAGUUCUUUAGUCCCACUGGACGAUGACAAUGUUUCGAGAAGCAGCAAUGACUGCAUUCAAGCCUUCCAUUCAUUAGCUGCGUCUUUAUUGACCGAAUCCUUAACAUCCAAGGAACGGUUCGAUUAUGUUAACCAAGAACUCACUAGUCUGGUUGAUCGGGUUAGGGAUGUGCCGGCUGUUGAUGACUCUGCUGCAAAUACGGCACCGAACAAUGUGAGCGAGUCUUUUCAAUGUUAAUCGUGCCUGGUACAGUUGAUGAUAUAAAUUACCGGCUCAAUCCGUGCGAAGGCCUAAUCAAAUUCUAAGCGGAAAGCUGUGAAGGCGCAGGAGAGAAAAGGAUGGGCAACAUUCUCUUUUGAGGCUGGUUGAAGGAAUUGAUUUGGCAAAUUGUAGUUUUUAUCACUGUACAGAGUUACCAUUCAAAGAGAAUUUCUAGGGGGGCCUCCACUGUGAAAAGUCUCUUUGUGCAGUUAGAACUGGUAAUCUCCGGGUCGACGAGGCGACUGUCUUACACUAGUCGGUGUAAAUGCGCUCGUACAUUGUACGUGCGAACGUAGCGGGGAAUAGAGAAAGAAAGUGGCGGCGAGACGGUGGAUCUAAAACGGCCUACUGAAUUGUACAUGACUAUACUUGUUAUGACAAUAUAUCGGAAUUCUUAGUUU